ACAGUCUUUUUUUGCUUUGUAACCACGGACCACGUAAUUAGCGUACAGCACGCUUAUUGCUUAAAUACUAACAACAAACAUGGCGGAUGAUCACAUUGACGCAGAUCAAUCCAUGGAGGGGCAUACUCCUGUCGCUGAAAACCCUCAUGCUGAAUAUGGUCUGACAGAAAACAUUCAGAGAAUAGUGGAAAACGAGAAAGCUAAUGCAGAGAAGGUGUCAAAGCAGAAAGUGGACCUGCAGUCUCUCCCUACACGGGCAUAUCUUGAUCAGACAGUUGUACCCAUCCUUCUUCAAGGGUUAUCCGUACUGGCCAAGGAAAGACCUCCAAAUCCAAUCGAGUUUUUAGCAGCGUUCCUCCUGAAGAACAAAUCACAGUUUGAAGAUCGAAAUUAAGCCCCUGGAUGGAAUUUGGCAAUUCGAGGCCAUGUUUGAAGUCAAGAACUUAGCUAUAUUUGUUUCAUUGGUUGUGUUUGCUAACGAUACAGACUUUUUUUUUUUACUAGAAUAAAAACCGUGCUGCCGAGAA